AUGGUCAAAGAAAAUGAAGAAGAGUUCAAAACAGAGGUAAGUACAUUUGGUAGGACAAAUCAUAGGAAUUUGAUCCAACUCUUGGGAUUUUGCAAUGAGGGAGACCACAGAAUGCUUGUAUAUGAGUUCAUGAGCAAAGGUUCUUUGGCAAGCUUCCUUUUCGACACCACCGAAAGGCCUAGUUGGUUUCAGAGAAUGCAGAUAGCAUUGGAGACAGCUAGGGGAAUCUUGUAUUUGCAUGAAGAGUGUAGCACUCAGAUCAUACACUGUGACAUUAAACCUCAAAAUGUUUUGCUUGAUGAAUCUUUCACUGCUAAGAUAUCUGACUUUGGCUUAGCCAAACUUUUGAAAAUUGGUCAAUCUAGAACCAAUACAAGGAUAAGGGGAACCAAAGGGUAUGUUGCCCCUGAGUGGUUUAGAAACAUGCCAAUUACCAUCAAGGUUGAUGUCUACAGUUAUGGAGUGCUAUUACUAGAGAUCAUUUGUUGCAGGAGGAGCUUUGAAGCAAAUGCUGAGAAUGAGAACCAGAUGGUGCUGACAGAUUGGGCCUAUGAUUGUUUUCAUGAAAGGAAACUUGAUUUAUUGGUGAAAGAUGACAAAGAGGCCUUAGCUGACAUGAAGAUGGUGGAAAAGUAUGUGAUGCUUUCUUUAUGGUGCAUUCAGGAGGAUCCAUUACUGAGGCCAUCCAUGAAGAAAAUCUUGCAGAUGCUUGAAGGGUCUAUAGAUGUACCAGCCCCUCCUGAUUUACCUUCAUUGAUAACUACCAUCAGUCUGUAG